GAAGGCAAUCACUGGACUUGGCCAAUGGGGACCAUGCUGUAUGCCAGCUCCAGGAACUUCCUUGCAAUGGCCUGUGUGGUCCUGUGGACAUACCACUGCCGGCCCCACAGACCCUUGUUCUGAGUUGGGAUUCGCUGCCACCUCGGCUUCUGCCACUUCCCGGGGAGCCCCACCACAAUCACACCCCAAGAAUGUGCAAUACGACCCUGGUGAGCUGCCACGUGGACUCAAAGAUUGACCACCUCUUCCCUCCAAUGCUGUACAUCAUUGUCAUCACCAUGGGCCUCCCCACCAACUGCAUGGCCCUUUGGGCCGCCUACCUGCAGGUCAGGCAGAAGAACGAGCUGGGUGUCUACCUGAUGAACCUCUCCAUUGCAGACCUCCUCUACAUCGCCACCCUGCCGCUCUGGAUCGACUACUUCCUCCACUACGACAACUGGAUCCACGGCAAGGAGUCCUGCAAGGUCUUUGGGUUCAUCUUCUACACCAAUAUCUACAUCAGCAUCGCCUUCCUCUGCUGCAUCUCUGUGGACCGCUACCUGGCCGUGGCACACCCGCUGCGCUUCGCCAAGUUCCGGCGGGUCAAGACAGCUGUGGCUGUCAGCACAGUAGUGUGGGCCAUUGAGAUUGGGGCCAAUUCGGCACCACUCUUCCACAACGAACUCUUCCAUGACCGCUACAACCACACCUUCUGCUUCGAAAAGUAUCCCAUGGAGGAAUGGGUGGCAUGGAUGAAUCUCUACCGGGUCUUCAUUGGAUUCCUUUUCCCAUGGAUGUUGAUGCUCUUCUCCUACCAGGGGAUCUUGCGGGCCGUGCGAGGGAACGUCUCCACUGAGAAGCAGGAGAAGGCCAAGAUCAAGCGCCUCUCGCUCAGCCUCAUCGUCAUCCUCCUCUUCUGCUUCGCCCCCUACCAUGUCAUCCUGCUCUCCCGCAGCACUGUCUACCUGAGCAAGCCCUGCGACUGCAGCUUUGAGGAGAAGGUCUUUGUGGCCUACCACACCUCCCUGGCCUUCACGAGCUUGAACUGCGUGGCUGACCCCAUCCUGUACUGCUUUGCCAACGAGGGGGCCCGCAGUGACGUGACCAAGGCUCUGUCCACCUUGCUGCGCUUCCUCGCCAGCUCCAAGCCCCAGGAGAUGGCCAACGCCUCGCUCACCCUGGACACCCCCUCUUCCAAGAAGAGCAGCUUCUGCCACCAGCCCUUGGCGCUCCCACUGCCCCCCUCGCAGGCUGGGGUGGGGAUGCGAGGCGAGGAGCUCCAGAUGAAAAUACUGACUUUUAACCAAUGAACGCUUCCCGUUUAGGACCUGGUGCUAACUUUCCAGAGCAUCCUGACGAUGCAGCGACCCACUGGCAACCUGACAGGGCAGAUGGACAACAAAUAUAGUAUUGGAAAUAAUAAAAUAUUAGUAGUA